CACUACAUCACUGCCCUCCGGGUGACCCUGUCCUCCUCCUCUGUCUCCGUUGGGGGUUGUGUAUGUGUUUAUAACCUCCUCCUUCAUCCUCCCAGGACAAUAUGCCUCAAACGCCACUGCUGACCGGCCUGCUGGUCUCCAGUGGUUACAAUAAGAACCUGUACCAGAACCAGACCAAGGAGGAGGGAUACAGUAACGCAGGAUUAUAUUACCAUGACAACACCCUUGUGUCGGGCUCACUGGAGGCCCUCAUACACCACCUGGUUCCCUCCAUGGACUACUACCCUGAUGUGAGUGACUCUGUCUGUCUGUCUGUUUCGGUCCGUCUGUCUGUUGUCCAAAACUCUCUGUAUUCUCCAAAGUUAUUGACACCUCUCUCUUAAUUUCUCUCCUCCUCCGCUCUCUACCUCCCCUCCCUCUUUCUCUGCACAGAUGACGUACUCCUUCACCUUCCUGCUUUCCUCUCGUCUAUUCAUCCACCCCUACGAGCUCAUGUCCAAGGUGUGUCACCUGUGUGUGGAGCAGCAGAGACUGAGUGACCCUCAGGCAGACAAGGUAACACAAAACCUCCAUUACAAUACUCUAUUAGCUAUAUUAAACUAUACCUUAAUAUUUUUUAUAAUAUUUUUUAUUUUAAGAUAUAAAAAUACUUAUUUAGCUAUAUUAUAUAUACUAAGGCUAUAUUAAAAACUUAUAGUUUUUAAAAAACUUAUUAUUAGCUAAAUACAUUUUUUAGCUUAUUUAAACCCUAUUAGCUAAUUAAAAAAUACAAUUGUUUUCUUUUUUUUUCUUUUUUUUUCUUUGGCUUUUUUUUUUUUUUUUUUCUUUUUCUUUUAGCUAUUUUAAAUUUUACUUAUUGUAUAUUAACUUACUUUUUGCUAUUAUAUUUACUUAUUAGUAUAUAUAUAUACCUUUUAGUAUUUUUAAAACUUUUUAGCUAUAUUAAAAUACUCUUUUUAUAUUUUAAUAUACCUAGUAGCUAAUAUAUAUACUUUUUCUUUUUAAUACUAACUUUUUACUAAUAUAUUACUUAGAGAAAUUUAUAUUAUAUCAUUAGCAUAUUAUAGUAUUCUAAGUAUAUUAAACUUUAUUUUAGUGAUUAUAUUAUAUUUUUAUCAAAUUUAUCUAACCUAUUGUAUAUUAAAUUACUAUUUAGCUAUAUUUUAUACCUAGUAGCUAUAUAAUUUACUCUAAGCAUAUAAAUAUACUCUUUUUAUUUUGUUUUAUAUAUCUCUAGGUUAUUAUACUUUUUAGCUAUAUUAAACAUACUCUUUAGUUUAUUUAUAAAAUUUUUGUUUAUAUAUACUAUAUUUAUAGCUAUAUUAAAAUUUAUCUAUUAGUGUUUAUAUAUUAUAUUUUUGCUGUAUUUAUAUACUUAUAGCUUUUUAAAAACAACCUUUGCAAUUAUUAUACUUGUAGAAUUAUACAUACCAUUAGCUAAAUAUUGUUUAAUUAUACAUAUUUUAGCUAUAUUAUCUUUAAUAUAUUUUAGUAUAUUAUUUACUUUUUGUUUAUUAUACAUACUUAGAAGCUUAUUAUUUUAAACCAUUGAUAUAUUUAAAAACUAUAUUAGAGCUAAUUUAUUAUAUAAUUAAAAUUAUAUAUACAUAACUUUUUAUACUAUACUUAGAAAGCAUAUUAUAUUAUACUUAUUAGCUAUUUUAUAGUAUACAUUAGCUUUUUAAAUUACUCUAUUAGUAUAUUAUACUUAUUAUAGAUAUUAUUUUAUACUCAUUAGCUAUAUAAACUUUACUCUAUUAGAAAUUUUAAACAUACCUAAGUAUUUUAUUUAUACUUUUUAGCUAUAUUAUAGUAUACUUAUUAGUAUUUUAAAAACAAACUAUUAGCUGUAUUAAUUAACUUAUUAGCUAUAUUAUAAUACUCAUUGCUAUAUUAAACUAUUCUUUUUAGCUUAUUAUACUAUUUUAAUAUAGCUAUAUUAACUUACUUAGUAGUAUUUAUAUUAUACUCUAUUAGCUCAUAUAUUAUCUAAUUUUAGCUGUUUUAUAUAAUCUUUUAGCUAUAUUUAAACCCUUUUUAGUUUAUAUUAUACUAUACUCUUUUGUUAUUAACUAUACUCUAUAGCUAUAUUAUAUUACUUAGUAGCUAAUAUAUUAAAAUCAUAGCGCUUUAAUUUUAUAUAUUUUAGCUGGAUUAUAUUACCUAUAGCAAAAAAACUAUACUCAUUAGCAUAUUAAACUAACUCAUUAGCUUUAUUUUACAUCUUGUAGCUAAUUAUAUAUAUUAGCUCUUUUAUAUUUUUAAUAAUUUUAGCUUUUAAAUUUUAAAUUUAUUAGUAUAUAUACUCUAUUAGCUAUAUUAUUAAUUGAGUAAUUAUUUACUCUAAGCUAAUUAUACAUACUCUAGUAGCUUUAUUACUAUACUCAUUGCUUUUUAAAAAUAUAUCUUUUAGCUAUUUUAACCUAUUAGCUGUUUAAUUAUCUAUAUUUUUUAGUGAUUAUAUUAUACUCUAUUAGCUAACUAAUUUUUGGGAUAUUAAACUAAUUAUUAGCUUAUUUAUAUAUUAAAUUAGCAUUUUAUAAUCUUAGAGCUUUUUAUACAUUCCUAUUAGUUUAUUAUACAUAGUCUAUUAGUAUUUAUAUAUACUUUUUAGCUAUUUAACUAUACUUAUUUAGAUAUUAAACUAUACUUAUUGAAAUUUUAUACUAUACUUUUAGCUAUAUUAACUCAUUGAUAUUAUAUAUACUUUUCGCUUUUAAAUUUAACUAUAUUGCUAUUUAAAACUAUAUAGUGUAUAUUAAAAUAUUUUAGCGCUUUUAAUUUAUAUAUUUCUUAGGUUUUAAAUAUUAUUAUCAUUAGCUAUAAUUACUCUAUAGCUAUAUUAAAUUUUACCUAUUAGCUUUUUAUACAUACUUUUUAGCAUAAUACUAUACUUAGUGCUAUAUUUAUAUACUCAUUAGCUAUAUUAAACUAUACUCUAGUAGCUAUAUAUCCUUUUAGUGAUUUUUUAUACAUAUUCUUAGCUGUUUUAUAUUAUACUUUGCUUUCUAUACUCUAAGCAAUUAAAAUUUUACUUUUGCUAAUUAUACUAACCUAUUUUUAUAUUAACUAUAGUCUUUUAGCUAUAUUUAUAUACUCUUUUAGCAUUUUUUCUAUACUUGUGCAUAUUAAAAUUACUAAUUAGCAAUUUAUACUAUACAAAUUUUAGUAUUUAUAUCAUUAGCUAUUAUAUAUACUCUAUUCGCUAUAUUAAACUAUACUCUAUUAGCUAUAUAUAAUAUUAGUGUAUAUUAAUAAUAUAUUAAAAUAUUAUACCUAUUAGCUAUUUUAUACUAACUUUUUCGUAUAUUAACCUAUAUCUAUUAGCUAUUUUAUACUAAAACUCUAGAGCUUUUUAUACUGUAUUUCUUUUAGUUUUAAUUUUAAUAUUAGCAUAUUAUAUAUACAUUUUCCUAUAUUAAACUAACUUUUAAACUAAUAACUUCUCUGUUAACAUUAAACUAUACAAAUUUUUAGCUAAUUUAUAUUUAAUAUUUUGCUAUAUUAAACUAUACUAUUGAUAUUAACUUACCUAGUUUAAUUUUUAUACCUAUUAGUAUAUUUACUAAAUCGUAUAUUUAACUUACUUAGUAGUUAUAUUAUAUAUAUCCUAUAGCAAUAUACUUAUAGCAUAUUAAACAUCCUUUUAAAGCUAUAUUAUAUAUAUCUGUAGCUAUAUUAAACUAUACUAUAUUAGCAUAUUCAAAUAUCUAGUAGCAUAUUAAAUAUACAAUUAGCAAAUUUAAAAAAUUUUAUUAGCGUUUUAUAUAUUUUUUAGCGUAUUUUAUAUACUCUUUUGUAUUUAAACUAUACUUAUAGCUAAUUAUACUCUUUUGCUUAUUAUACUAUACGCUAUAUUAUACAUAUUUGGUAGCUAAUUUAUAUUUUAGUAGCAAAUUUUUUUAUACUCUAUUAGCUAUUUUUAAAAUAACUCUAUUAGCUAAUUACUUUUACUCUUUUUAGUUUUUAACUAUCUAUAUUAGCCUAUUAAACUUACUUGUAGCUUUUUAAAUUUAACUUUACUAUUUAACUUACCUAUAGCUAUUUAUACCUUUUAGUUUAUUUUAACUACUUUUAGUAUAUAUACUAAAUCUAUUAGCUAUUUAAAAAUAUACUAUAUUGGUAUUAUCCCCAAACUCUAGUGCAAAUUUUAAAAUUACAUUUUUAGCUAUAUUAAAAAUUAUUAUUAGAUAUUAAACUAUAUCUAUUAGCUAUAUAAACUAUCUUACGUUUUUUUAACAUACCACAUUAUUAUACUAUACUCAGCAUUUUUUUAUAUUUAAGUUUAUACUAUUAGCAUAUUCUAUUAUACUCUUUUUAGCAAUUUUUAAUUAUACUAUAUUAGCUAUAUAAACUCUCUAGUAGCAAUUAAAUACUCAUAGCGCUUUAUUAUAAUAUUUUUAGCAAAACAACAAUAAAAAACUAACAAAUUUUUGUAAAAAACAUUAUUUCAAUUUUUAAGCUAAUUAUACUCUAUUAGCUAUAUUAUACAUACCUGUAGUAUAUUUAUACUAUCCCUUAGUAGUUUUAACUAUACUUAUUAGUAUAUUAUAUACUUUUUGCUAUUUUAUACAUAUCUAUUAGCAUUUAAACUAACUUUAUAGAAAUUUAACUAUUGCAUAUUAUAACUUAUUAGCAAUUUAUUAACUCUAUUAGUUAGUUAUUAUACAUUUAGCAAAUUUAUAUUUACCUAUUAGCUUUUUAUACAUAUUCUUGCUAUUUUAACAUAUUGACAUACUUUUUAAGUAAAUUUAUUUAUACAUAUUCUAGCGGGGUUUAACUUACCUUUAGCAUACUCUAUUAUACUAUUAUACUUUCUUAAUGAAGAUAGACUUGUAACCGUACAUCAGAUUAUUUAGCUGAUAUACAGUGGGGGGAAAAAAGUAUUUAGUCAGCCACCAAUUGUGCAAGUUCUCCCACUUAAAAAGAUGAGAGAGGCCUGUAAUUUUCAUCAUAGGUACACGUCAACUAUGACAGACAAAAUGAGAAAAAAAAUCCAGAAAAUCACAUUGUAGGAUUUUUAAUGAAUUUAUUUGCAAAUUAUGGUGGAAAAUAAGUAUUUGGUCAAUAACAAAAGUUUCUCAAUACUUUGUUAUAUACCCUUUGUUGGCAAUGACACAGGUCAAACGUUUUCUGUAAGUCUUCACAAGGUUUUCAUACACUGUUGCUGGUAUUUUGGCCCAUUCCUCCAUGCAGAUCUCCUCUAGAGCAGUGACGUUUUGGGGCUGUCGCUGGGCAACACAGACUUUCAACUCCCUCCAAAGAUGUUCUAUGGGGUUGAGAUCUGGAGACUGGCUAGGCCACUCCAGGACCUUGAAAUGCUUCUUAUGAAGCCACUCCUUCGUUGCCCGGGCGGUGUGUUUGGGAUCAUUGUAAUGCUGAAAGACCCAGCCACGUUUCAUCUUCAAUGCCCUUGCUGAUGGAAGGAGGUUUUCACUCAAAAUCUCACGAUAUAUGGCCCCAUUCAUUCUUUCCUUUACACGGAUCAGUCGUCCUGGUCCCUUUGCAGAAAAACAGCCCCAAAGCAUGAUGUUUCCACCCCCAUGCUUCACAGUAUGUAUGGUGUUCUUUGGAUGCAACUCAGCAUUCUUUGUCCUCCAAACACGACGAGUUGAGUUUUUACCAAAAAGUUAUAUUUUGGUUUCAUCUGACAUUCUCCCAAUCCUCUUCUGGAUCAUCCAAAUGCACUCUAGAAAACUUCAGACGGGCCUGGACAUGUACUGGCUUAAGCAGGGGGACACGUCUGGCACUGCAGGAUUUGAGUCCCUGGCGGCGUAGUGUGUUACUGAUGGUAGGCUUUGUUACUUUGGUCCCAGCUCUCUGCAGGUCAUUCACUAGGUCCCCCCGUGUGGUUCUGGGAUUUUUGCUCACCGUUCUUGUGAUCAUUUUGACCCCACGGGGUGAGAUCUUGCGUGGAGCCCCAGAUCGAGGGAGAUUAUCAGUGGUCUUGUAUGUCUUCCAUUUCCUAAUAAUUGCUCCCACAGUUGAUUUCUUCAAACCAAGCUGCUUACCUAUUGCAGAUUCAGUCUUCCCAGCCUGGUGCAGGUCUACAAUUUUGUUUCUGGUGUCCUUUGACAGCUCUUUGGUCUUGGCCAUAGUGGAGUUUGGAGUGUGACUGUUUGAGGUUGUGGACAGGUGUCUUUUAUACUGAUAACAAGUUCAAACGGGUGCCAUUAAUACAGGUAACGAGUGGAGGACAGAGGAUGCUCUUAAAGAAGAAGUUACAGGUCUGUGAGAGCCAGAAAUCUUGCUUGUUUGUAGGUGACCAAAUAGAGAAGCUUGCUUGUGUUCCUGACUAUGUUGAGUGUUUCUGCGCUCAGAUUAAUGUAUAUAUUAAUUUACAGACUUGGGUGUUACAAAAUAUAACCAUGAUCAAUUAAGUAUGUGUAUCUUUCAGAUGAGGAUCAGGAAGAUGGCUCCCAAGAUCCUGCAGCUGCUCCAGGAGUGGACAGAGACGUUCCCCUACGACUUCAGAGAUGAGAGGAUGAUGAGGAGCCUGAAGGAGUUGACCCAACGACUGGCCUCGGGAGAUGAG